UCGUUGUUCCGGCCUGAGGGUCACCGGAAGAUUGUUUCGAGGUCUGUUAUAGAAUCUUUCCUCUAAUCUAAAACCUUGGGAACAGGCUAGAGGGAUACUACUGAGAUAAAGCUGGACUGACCAGACGCCAUGCUACGGCUGUGGCCUUUACGUCAAAUUUCUCGGCUGCAAAAUGCCAUCAGCUUGACUCAGCAAGCAUGUAACAAGUCCUCAGUACCUGCACCAUCUCCCGAGUUGGUUGAGGUUUUUGUGGACGAUAAACAAGUGUUUGUUGAGCCAGGGACUACUGUUCUCCAGGCUUGUGCAGCAGCAGGAGUGGAAAUUCCAAGGUUCUGCUACCAUGAUCGUCUUUCUAUCGCUGGGAACUGCAGAAUGUGCUUGGUGGAAGUGGAAAGGUCGGCAAAGCCAGUGGCUUCUUGUGCCAUGCCUGUCAUGAAGGGAAUGAAAGUGAAGACUGACUCCCCGGUGACGAGGAAAGCAAGGGAAGGCGUUAUGGAAUUCCUUUUAGUCAACCAUCCACUGGAUUGCCCAAUUUGCGAUCAGGGUGGAGAGUGUGAUCUGCAGGAUCAGUCCAUGGCCUUUGGCAGCGACAGGAGCAGGUUCACGGACAACGCCUUCACUGGAAAACGUGCUGUUGAGGACAAAAACAUUGGACCUUUGAUUAAGACGAUCAUGACUAGAUGUAUACAUUGCACUCGUUGUAUCAGAUUUGCCAGUGAGAUUGCUGGUGUUGAGGACCUGGGAACGAGUGGCCGCGGCACUGAGAUGCAGGUUGGGACUUACGUGGAGAAAAUGUUCAAGUCUGAGAUGUCUGGAAAUGUUAUUGACCUUUGCCCUGUCGGAGCUUUGACUUCUAAACCAUAUGCCUUUACAGCUAGGCCCUGGGAAAACAGGAGAAUUGAAAGUGUUGAUGUGAUGGAUGCUGUAGGCAGCAACAUUGUGGUCUGUAUGCGGUCCAACGAAGUGAUGAGAAUCUUGCCACGGUUGAAUGAGGACAUCAACGAAGAGUGGAUCUCUGACAAGACUCGUUUUGCUUACGAUGGGUUGAAGAGGCAAAGACUGACCACGCCAUUUGUGAGGAGUGGGACUGGGGAGCUGGUGCCUGCUGACUGGGAGAGUGCUUUUGUCAAGAUUGCAGAAAGGGUCAAUGCCACAGAUGGGGACCUCAUUGCUGGUGUUGCUGGCGGUCAGGUGGAUGCUGAGGCUUUGAUUGCCCUCAAGGACAUGUUGAACCGACUUGGAUCGGAGUCUGUCUGCACAGAGGAGAAGUUCCCAAUGACAAACUCUGGGAUUGACUUCCGGUCAAAUUACAUCAUGAACACUACCAUCAGUGGGAUUGAAGAAAGCGACCUGAUUCUCCUUGUUGGAACAAACCCAAGACUGGAAGCCCCUCUUGUUAAUGCCCGUAUCAGGAAAACGUGGAUCAACAGUGACUUGUGUGUGACUGUGCUGGGAGCUCCUGUGGAUCUGUCCUAUGAUUAUCAGUACUUGGGAGACAGCUUUGAGCUGUUGACAGACAUCUUGAACGACAAGCAUCCUCUUGCUAAGGGUCUGAAGGAGGCCAGCAAACCCAUGAUCAUCCUGGGAAGUGCCGUCCUACAGGGUGAGAACAGUGGAGCGAUUCUGGACACUGUAAAAAGUCUGUCGGAGAAGUUGCGUGCGGGCUCAGAGCAAGAGGACUGGAAAGUCUUCAAUGUUCUACACACACAAGCGAACCAGGUGGGAGCUCUAGACCUGGGCUACGCUCCUGGUGUGGAUGCCAUGAAGGGCUCCAAGCCCAGUGUGCUCUUCUUGCUGGGGGCAGACGCAGGCACGGUCAAGCGUGAGGACCUCUAUGAGAACGCCUUGGUGGUCUACAUAGGCCACCAUGGUGACUAUGGCGCACAGAUCGCAGAUGUUGUCCUCCCUGCGGCUGCUUACACAGAGAAAGAUGCUGUCUAUGUGAACACUGAGGGGCGUGCCCAGAUUGGACGGCAGGCGGUCAGUCCACCUGGCAUGGCUAGACAAGACUGGAAGAUCAUCAGAGCUCUCUCUGAGAUGUUGGGAGUGACAUUGCCAUAUGAUAAAUUGUCUGACGUUCGAGCCCGACUCGGUGAGGUCUCUCCGACGUUCAACCAUGCUGGUCAAGUUGAAGAUGCAGGAUUCUUUAAUUUGUCAGAUAGCGCUACUGUGCCGCGCAAAGAGAGCAGGCCAGCCGUUCAACCGCUCAGCCCCGCCCUUCUUAGUCUGCGAGAUUUCUACAUGACAGAUCCCAUUUCGCGGGCGUCUCUCACCAUGGCCAAGUGUGUGCAGGCUGUGGACGAUGCGGAGAAGAACCCCUACUCCAAGCCAGAGCAGUCGUGAAACUUCGCACCUAGACUAGAACUAUUGGCUCUGUGAUGUCUGAAUAGCUUUUUAUUUUCAAAUCAUAUAGGAAGGAUGUGAAUGGGCAAAACACAAAAUAGAUAAUGUUGGUGUGUCCACCACUUUUAUUCUAGGUGGCUUUUUGUGUGUUUUCAGAACAUGUACUCGGGUUAUGCAAGAGAGCAUAAGUGUGUGAGAGAAAUGGCUUAGUCUAUAAAUGUGUCUCAGUACAUUACAGAUUGUAGACUACCUUGCAUGAUGGAUUUUUUUCAUGCUUGGCUGUCAAAUGUUUCUAAAACUGAAAAUUUUUGUCAAGUGUUGUGUCCGAUUGAACUUUAACCAUGGGAUUUGCAUAUUAAGGGAAGUUUCUCAAGGCAAGUAGAACUUUGUGUCAUCAGACGACUGUCAGUUUGACUGACGUAAAUGUGUUUUUGGAUUUUUGUGAGGGUAUUAACACCACUUCCAUGCAAUCUAAUCUCUCUGAAUUAGUUUCAUAAGGUCUGGUUGACAAUAAUAAGGUCUGUAGGGAAGAAAGUCUUUAGAAAAUGAAAUGUAAAUAAUGUUCGGUUUGAAUAAAAGACUUUACGUGGAA